AAAAAAACUCUUCUUCUUUCUCAUCUCAGGCCCCUUUGCUUCUCCUCCUCCUACUCCUCCUCCUUCAGUCUCCGACGAGGCCCAUGUCGGCGGACGGCCGAUGCAAGAGCUGGAACGGCAAGCUUUAUCCGGCAGCUCUUGCCUCUCACGACGACGUCGUUAAGGACCAUGUUCUCUUCUGGGACGCACUCAGGCGCUUCCAUUUCAUGAUGGGUACCAAGUUCAUGGUUCCUGUGAUUGGAGGGAAGGACCUUGACUUGCACGUUCUGUAUGUGGAGGUUACUGGGAAAGGCGGUUAUGAAAAGGUUGUGGCAGAAAAGAAAUGGAGGGAAGUCAGCAACGUGUUCAGGUUUUCUCCAACAACAACAAGUGCUUCCUUUGUCCUGAAAAAGCACUACUUCAGUUUCCUCUACCAUUAUGAGCAAGUUUACUUCUUUAAGCAGCAUGGUCCCCUUAGUUCUCCUCCAGCAGACGUGUUUUCUUCUCCUGGGUCUUCGGGCAAGCAUAAAUUAGCAAUCAGGGAAUGUUCCUCUGCAGCAAAAUCUAAUUGUCCUGAUCCUGUGGUUGGAGGAAAAUCAUGCUUUGAAGCUGUCGGGAUGAUUGAUGGCAAAUUCGAUUGUGGCUACUUGGUCUCGGUGAAGUUGGGCUCUGAGAUUCUUAAAGGAGUACUGUAUCACCCAGAUCAUCAUGGUCCAGCUAACCUGACAACGCAUUCAAAUGCCCUGGUGCCAUACGCCCGCAAGACUCGCCAUGUCCGUAGACGACGGAGCAGGAGACGAGGAGAUCCAAGCUACCCGAAGCCCAACAGGAGUGGCUAUAACUUCUUCUUUGCUGAGAAGCAUUAUAAGCUGAAAUCGCUCUACCCAAACAGGGAAAGGGAGUUCACAAAAAUGAUAGGCGAGUCUUGGACCAAACUCGGCCCUGAAGAGCGAAUGGUGUACCAGAAAAUUGGGCAGAAAGACAAAGAAAGAUACAAGAGGGAGUUGCAGGAGUACAGAGAAAGGUUGAAGCUGAGGCAAAGCUUUGAUGCGGAGAGAGCUGACCACUAGAGUUUGACCUGAAGAUGGCCAAGAAAUAUUCCCGGUUCAUGAGUAUCAAGUGUCGAGAGUUACAAGAGAUUUUGAACAAGUAAGAAAAAGCGGCGAAGUCCCAAGGAAUCUGGUCUUGCUUGCUUUUUGUGUAGCCCUUCUGUAACUGAACUGCGGAUGUUAAAUGUAUCGGCUCAGGUACUCAUAGAAACUGUAUCAAUGGUUUCACACCUUACAUGACUA